ACUUUGGUGAAGGUUUGUGUUCCGGAUACAGGAAGACUCGAUACAACACAAGCCGUCAGUGGCCCUAUAUACCACAACAACAACAAUAACCAAGCAAUUCUCUGGGGUUGACCUGACCCUCUUAGGGUUGACCUGAUCUCUUGGUGAACCAUGGAGAACUACAGUAAGGGGGAGAACGUGGAGUUGGCACUGGAGGUGUCAGUCCCAGGGUGCCACUCGGACACCACCACAAUGUUGGUGACACCAAGCACCAAGAUGAGAGACAUGAUAACAACUGCUCUUACUAAGUUCAAAAGUGAGGAUCAGCAGUUAUGGGUUGGCACUGGCACUGCUGCAGUGAAGGCAGUGUCCUGUGUGGAGGUGAUCAAGCGACGCACUGCUAACCUUCACCAGAUAACUCAACUAGUUUACAAGAGGGUUGAGGAGUAUUGGGAGCCCAAAUGGGAUGGCUUAGACCGCUUGAAAGUUACACGAGAAGUACCCACCAUAGUUAUCUUGCUGUCUAAAACGCCACUUGAUUCCUCACUUCCUGGGUAUCAAGCUCCUGGUACCUUGACAGGCGACUUCUGCAGAGUUGACGCCCAGCAGCGACGGCGAUACAAGCCACCGAGAGGUCGACACGUUGAGGGAGUUGUUCACUCGGGUCAGUACAAGAACCGGAACAUUACGAGUCAGUUGAAUGAAGGAGGAGAACGGCAAGAAGAAGGUCCAAGAGGAACACCAAAAGUACAGGAAAGAGGGAGAGGAGGAGGAGAAGGACACAAAAACACAAAAGGAGUCCAGACAGUGGUGUAGUGGUGUAAUCAUAGGGGAAAUUUACCAUGGCAUCCAGAGCAACCCAUGUAAUUGAAACCACUACAAGUUGUGAAGACAGUGAUAGCAGUAAUGAAGGAAAAUAAUAAUGAUAGUAGAAGAAAGAUUCCAUGGUGGUUGCUGCAACACUGUGUACCAUGCAAAAUACUAACAUAUUUAUUAAGCAUAAAUAAAUAAUUGGGAUGACACUGAAUAAUGUAGUGGAAAUGAAGAACAUUUUGAUCAAAACAUAACAUAAUAGAAUAUGAUAGAACAUUACAUAUACAUAUGCACAGACAUUAAAGGUAUACAUAAUAUAAAAGUAUUUCUAAUGAGUAUAAAAAGAAAUAUACAUACAUGAGAAGUGAUUAAAAAAUUACAUUAUGGUACACAACAGUAUGAAAUAUGAAUUGACUUAAAUUCUAAUAAAUUAUGUUCCCUGGUA